AUGUUUUCUGUCAAACCCACGAAACCAACUUUCAAGUGUUAUCUUCCUCCUGUGCAGAGUGAUGUGAAGAAGACCAUCGAACCCCCUAUUAAAAAGUUGGAACCAAAGCUACUUUCAGGGGAGAUAGUAGUGAACGAGGUGAACUUUGUGAGGAAAUGCAUCAGUGCUGAAAGCAGCCAAGAUGACCUUUGGGGGAAGUUGAUAUGUACCAAUUUUAAGGUCUCCUUCAUCCCUCAAGAUGCUCCAACAAAACAGAAGUUUCAGCUGUCCCACCUGCUGCUUGGAGACCAUGAUAUCCCCCUGACAUGUUUAGAGCACGUGGUAACAGUGAACGAUACAAAGGGGAAGAAGAAAGUUUUGGGUUCAAACCAAAAGCUCAAGUUUAACCCCACGGAGCUCAUUCUUUACUGCAAAGACUUGCGGAUCAUAAGGUUCUGCUUUGAUGAGGCUGGACCUGAGAGUGCGAAAAAGGUUUGUCUUGCUAUUGCUCACUACUCCCAUCCGGCUGAUCUGCACCUGCUGUUUGGUUUUGAGUAUCAGGGGCGACGGUACCAUGAAUCCAAAGCUGAGCGACUCAACGGGUCUGUCCGACGAGGAGGGUUACAGACGCCCAUUUUCGAUCGUCGGUCAGAGUGGGACAGAGAGAUCAAGAGAACGGGCGCCUCGGAGUGGAGAGUUUGCUCCAUAAACGAGCUUUACCACAUAUCCUCAAGUCUUCCAGAGUACAUUGUCGUCCCAGUUUCUUUGGCAGACCAAGAUCUAAAGCAGUAUUCUAUAUUCUUAACUGGCAACCGCCUUCCACUUUGGUGCUGGAAUCACCGCAAUGGAAGUGCUCUUGUACGCAUGGCUAGUGUGUGCGAUCCUGUCCAGCAGAGGAAGAUUGAACAAAGGAUCAUCACUGCUGUUACAAAAAGCCACCCACAGUGCAGUGAAGUCUUCAUUUCAGAUUUGGAUAAGGGUCUGCCGAACAUCCAGGACAUUCAGAGUUCUUUCGUAAAAAUCCGACAGAUCUGCGUCAUUGAUCCGUUUGAGGAGUCUGAGGAAAGAUGGCUUUCAUCCAUUGAAAACUCACGAUGGCUUGAGUAUGUCAGGGCCUUCCUGAAGCACUCAGCUGAAAUAGUGUACCAACUGGAUGGAAGGAGUGUUUCAGUCAUUCUCCUUGAGGAAGAGGACCGUGACCUGAAUUGUGUAGUGUCCUCCUUGGUGCAGCUCAUGGUGGACGCUCAUUAUCGCAGCCUUGUUGGAUUUCAGGGUUUGGUGCAAAAGGAGUGGGUGAUGGCAGGCCAUCGCUUCUUAGAUAGAUGCAACCACUUAAAAAAGAAUGACAAAGAGGAGUCCCCACUGUUCAUGCUUUUUCUGGACUGUGUGUGGCAAUUGAUGAACCAAUAUCCAGCUGCAUUUGAGUUCACAGAAGCCUACCUGACAGUCUUAAGUGAUAGCAUGUGGAUCCCACUCUUUAGCACUUUCCUCUUCAGCUCUCCUAAACAACGGGCUCAGUACUUAAUGGACUUUGCAAGGAAUAAAGCCAUCCCUCAAGGGGAGGACCCAGUAGUGUACUUUCCUCCUGUGUGGGAUUGGUCACAGCAAUUCUCUACCAAAGACCAAACCUUAUUUAACAACCCCAUGUAUGUUGGAAAAGGAACCGCGUGUGUUCUCAAUGGGGAAGUGAAAAGCUUUAGACGCACAAAGAAAUAUGGUUCCGGCUUCCGAGGGGCCUCUGCAUCUCUGCGUAAUGGACUAAAAGGCGGGGAGGAUGCACUCACCCGUCGAGGUUCUCUGGGAUCGGAGUUAAAAAACGACUUCUCACCACUAAAAUAUGUGGUGGAGAGUCCGUCGGAGCGCUUCUUCAGGGAGUGGUUCUCCCGCCCCGCUGAUCAGCAGGGCCUCUUGAUCCCACUCCUCACACCAUCUCACUUGCCUCUCUGGAAGCUCUACUUCCUUCGCUGGGUGCCAGAAGCUUGCAUUUCCAAAGGGGGGUCCAUUACCGCCUACCACAAGCUCUCACAACUGGUGGACGAAAUUGAGAUGCUACAGAACCAUCUCAAGCAAUACAAGGCACCCACCCCAGCCGGCGCACCGCCCCGUAGUCCAAAAGAGGCCCCUGCUGACCAAAGGCGGAUGUAUUUUGAGGCUGCGUCCCCAAACGAUUCCCCUCCACAAUUCCUUACCUCCUCUUUUCCUUUCACUCCCGUUGGUAACCUGUGUCGCCGAAGUAUUCACGGAACCCCCAUCAGUAAAUUUCUCAACGGGGCAAGGAUCUGGCUCUCCACAGAGACGCUUGCUAGCGAUUCCCUAUAA